UUUCCAUAUUUGAUCAUACUGUACACUAACGUUUCUCGUAAACAUAGGUCGCACGUUUAUUGCAAGUGUUCGUUUGAAGUCACUUGUUUAAUUGUCGUUCGUCCGUCACAAUUUUUGCCAGUCUUGGGCGGCCAAAUUCAAUGUCGUAGAAAAAAACUUUACGUACACUAGGACACUUCAACUGGUCCGGGAGAAAAAAAAAAUGUAAUAACACUGUUUGCGUAAAUCUGACAGAUGUAUUGACGGGACAAACAACAUUUGCUUACGUUUCGGUAUGAAUCGCCUUAAUCAGAGCCUCUGAUUAAAUGUGUUUCUCCCGUCAACAAAUCGAUCAGAUUUACGCCGCAACCGAUUGCUCCUUUUUCUUUAUUCUCCCGGAUAAUCUUCAAUAGAAGUGUUCUGGGGUUAAUUCAUUUUGGGGGGAUUUUAAAGUCCAUCAGUCAAGCACCAGCUGAUUCCCAUUUUUGUUUCAACUUGGCAGUGCUGAAGCUUGGGAUCCCCUGCAACUGGACACGGACAUUUAUAAGGCACCCUUUCCCUGAAUCGAGAACGAAGACGUUGUCGCAAGAGCAGUGUCUCAGGUAUGGAUUGGAUAGCUGUGUUCACAUCCUUGGAGGCGGUGUGUGAGGAAAACAUCACUGCUCUGUCUGGGCCUCCUGACUUGCCAUAUGGCGACGUGUCCAGGCGCUUGGUGACAUGCAUGAGAAGGAUUCAGGACCAUGGCCGUGCCCUGGAACCUGUGGUUUCUGGCAUCACUGCAGUCUACCACCACUAUGACUUUGACUCCGAUACCCCUGGGAAUGGGUAUCGCACACUGAUCAAGGUGUUGCAGUCUUGCCUUCUGCACAUCAUCCACAACGGCCGCUACAUUGCCGCUAACUGCCACAGGGCCUUAUUCAGGGCCGACCACAACGCCUCAGAGAUGGAAGCCUAUGGCAGUGUCCUGUGUCAGCUACGGGCCCUCCUCUACAUUGCCCAGGGAAUGCUCCACGACAACAGUCCCGGGCAGCUGUACGGAGAGCAGGACGGAGAGCUGAGCAGGUGGUUGGUGAGGGAGUAUGCUUCCAUGCACAAGGCCUGCUUCUACGGCCGCUGCCUGGGCUUUCAGUUCUCAUCUUCCCUUCGUCCGAUCCUGCAGUCAUUAAUCAUAAGCAUGGUCUCGUUUGGAGAGAGCUACGAAAAACAGCAUUCCGGGUUAGGCAUGGCAGCAUUUUCCCUCCUUACCUCUGGGAAGUAUGUCAUCGAUCCAGAGCUGAGAGGAGAAGAAUAUGAGCGGAUCACCCAGAACUUGGACAUGAAGUUCUGGAAGUCCUUCUGGAACCUCACCGAAUCAGAGCUUGUAUCGGGCUUUGCCAGUUUAACCUCUACCCUAGUGCAGGUGAACCUCACCCUGACCAUACCCCCUGAACCGCUACUCCUCCCCCUGGUCUCAGACCCCCGUCUUUCUACCCCUGUGUCCCCGCCAGUGGCCCACUGGGGCCCUGGACCUGUCAACAUGCGCCUCAUCUCCUAUGAGCUUCGAGAAGGACAGGACAGUAAAGAGCUGCUAGCCUUUGCUCGUACAGAAGCUCCACCCAUUUCCCUGUCUUUAGUACCGUUUGGUGCCCAGAAGCGUCCUCCCUCCCCCUGGCUGUUGAUCCACUUCCAUGGAGGAGGCUUCGUGUCCCAGACCUCCAAAUCCCAUGAGAACUAUCUGAAGAGCUGGUCCAAGGAUCUGAAUGUCCCCAUCCUGUCUGUGGAUUACUCCUUGGCUCCUGAGGCCCCCUUUCCCAGAGCCCUGGAGGAGUGCUUCUACGCCUACUGUUGGGCCCUCAAGAACUGCCAUCUUUUGGGCUCCACUGCUGAGCGUGUGUGUCUGGCUGGGGACAGUGCUGGGGGGAACCUUUGCAUCACUGUGUCCAUGAGGGCCAUUGCCUGCGGUGUGCGCAUCCCUGAUGGUAUUAUGGCUGCAUAUCCUGCUACCCUGCUCACCAUUGAAGCCUCGCCCUCCCGCCUUCUCACCAGCUUUGACCUACUGCUGCCCUUAGGGGUGCUCUCCAAGUGUAUCAACGCCUACACAGGUGUAGACUCUGAGACGGUUCAGCCUACAGAGGGGAUCAGCACGUUGAGCGCUCUAGGUAGAGACACAGCCUCGCUGAUCAGUGACCUCUCACAUGGGGCGUCCAAAUGGAUCCAGUCCUUCAUUCCCACAGAGGUCCUAGGGUCAUGGUCAUCAUCACACCGGAGGUCCUUGGACAACGAGGCCCACCAGAGAUCAGUGUUGCCAUCUUCAUCCAACUCCUCCUCAGGCCCCAGGGACUACCCAGAAGGCUUUGAGCCCCUGCGCUCCGAGCGCUUGUCUGUAAUCCAGACGCCUAGCUGUCCCACCGUCAAGAACCCGUUUGUGUCACCCCUGCUAGCCUCUGACGACCUACUGCGUGGACUACCACCUGUACACUUAGUGGCCUCUGCACUGGAUGCCUUGUUGGAUGACUCUGUGAUGUUCGCCAGGAAACUGCAGAAUAUGGGCCAACCAGUGACCCUGAGGGUGGUGGAGGACCUCCCACAUGGCUUCCUUAGCCUAUCGGGAUUCGCAGAGGAGAUAAAGGUGGCCUCCGACAUCUGCGUAGAGCGAAUCAGAGAGGUCUUCCAGCAGAAAACUCUGCCUUCCUGUAUUCGCAAGUGACCAAUGUUUGAAAGGAAAAAUAAUGGGGCUGACCAGCUGCCUAAUAAAACCAAGGGGAAAACUAGUUGUUAUCCUCACGAAACUGGAAAGUGAAAGAUAACACCCUUUAUUGCACUAACACUUGCACUUUUCUUACUAGCACUGACUGAUAGCUGCUUUAUUGAGGAAAACAGUUUCUAAUUAUGAGUGAUAUUUGAAGUUACUGGUUAAAGAGCAUCUGCUGAGGGAGAUGUCAAUGUACACAGUUUAGUGUUUUUUUAAUCCAGGAAAGGGUCAUGUCAUUUGUAAUCAAUUAAAUGUCAUAUUGCUUAAGGUUUGAACAAUACUGAACAAAAAUACAAUUUCGCAGAUUUUUAUUGAGUAAAAAAUAAAUAAUUAAACACUGAGUGUCAGAGGGCGAGAGAGACGUUGAGUCUCCUGGGAGGCUGUGGCUUUAGCGAGGGGCUUUGUGUGGGCUUAACAAUCGUGUCUGUCUCUCCCUGUGGCAGAAAAGACGACACGCUAGACACCUUCACCUCAGAAUCAUGGGGUAAACCUUCCCAUCCCUGUGAGCCUCAGACAACAAUAACACAAUGCUGGGAUGUCCUGUAUACCCAACUGCACACACAUGCACUGGUGGCAGUGCUGGAAUAAACCUACGACCUUACACAUACAAACACACACACAGAGAGAGAGAGAGAGCCCUUAGACAACAAUAACAAGGCCCUUGGACGCCCACUGAGCUCAGAGGCAGGAGAAUGCCCUCUACUUUAUGCUUUAACAUGCUGGCGCCAAUUAUACUGAACAAUAAUAUAAACGCAACAAUUUCAAAGAUUUGACUGAGUUACAGUUCAUAUGA